GCAGGAUCGUUAUGGCAGGAAACAGCGGGCGUCUGUGCUCAGCCGCAAAGACUAGAGAUGGCGAGGCUGUUUACCUGGUCAACCAGAGCUCAAACACCUGCCUCAGCGUCACCGAGGGAUCGAGCCCCGAUGACGCCGUGGUCGCCAUGGCGCCCUUCAGCGGCGCCCUGAGCCAGCAGUGGCUCCGGGCGGGCGGCCAGUGGCUCUGGGGCGCCAACCCCGCCUUCUGCUUGGUGCCCGUCGACGGCACCAACGACGUGGGUCUGGGCGACGCCAACGCGUCCUCGGUGUCCUGGAGUUACGACGAGGCCAGCAGGAUCGUGGUGGGAUCGGAUGCCCUGGACGUGCCCCUGGAGGAGCCCAGAACGAGGGUCAUCCUGUCUCCUGCCAACGAUGACGUCACGCAGAAGUGGACGGUUGACCUGGUGUCGCCGGAGGAGCCGGAAUACCUCAUCAACCAGAGCAGCAAAACCUGCCUCGGAGUGCGGAAGGGAUCAACACCGAGCGACGCUUACGUUGGCACGCUCCACGGCAACGGACUAGAACAACAACAGUGGUUCUUUGUGGGCGACACGUGGCAGUGGGGCGGCAACCGGUCCUACUGCCUCGGCCCUGACUACGACAACCGAACUGUGAUCCUGGAGGACACGAGCACUUCUGCUUCAGUAUGGUACAUGGAUGAUGAGCAAAGGCUGAGAAUAGGAGAAUAUGCAAUCGACGUACCCCUGACAGCCCCAAGAACAAGAGUUGGGUUGUUCAAAGCAAGCGACGCCAUUCAUCAAAAAUGGUGGAGGUUCUCUGAGUUAAAAGCUUCACUCGAGGGAGUAGAACCACCUGUGUAUCCCUUCGAUGGCAGCGACGAAACUACCUAUAACCAGGAAAUACACAGAGGAAUAAUAAAUGCGCUCAGUCCUAAGACGGAACCUCUGCCACACCCCCGUGACGUGCCUACCUUCCCGGGAACAGUUGAUCUAGAAACGCCUCGAGUAACCAGAAAGGUCACUUUAGACCUUUCUGUACUUGGUCAGAAUAGAAAUUUUCGAAUGACAGUUCCCAAAGACUGGCAAGCGACAGACCUGUAUGUGGCAGAAGGUGAUAUCUGCCAAGUCAUUCUGCCAGAAACUUUGACGACUGACCAGGCAUUGCAGAUCACAGUCCGCAUUGGCGCAUAUACUGACACGCUUAAUCCACAUUCGAGCAACAUUGAAAAUAAGAAAUAUAAACGAAUGCCAGUCGUGUCUGAAGUAUUUGAUGUUUUCCCAGGUGUCAAUGAUAUUCGAAGCCAGUAUGGGGGAAACUUAAUAUUCAUGUAUACAGAAGGUGAACAUUUUACGGUUGACGUUGAUGUCAAGAACGUGGUUGAAGCCCCGUAUUUCCGGUAUGGCGUGACCUCCGCUGAAGACUGGGAAACUAUCAAGACGCGAGCUGCGCCGCACGCAGUGCUGGAGUCAGACAAGUGCGUGGUGGUCGUGCCUUCGUCAGCCGUUCAGGAACUCACGGAUCCUGAUCAGCUGAUGGCUCGCUAUGACGAGGUUCUCGCUAUGGAGAGUUACGCAGCAGGUUUCGAUGAGACGGAAGCUCCUCCUCGAGGGAAGUAUUGGUUGAUCAAUGAUAUUCAGAUCGGCGCUGGAAGUGCUCAUUCUGGUUUUCCGGCCAUGUUCUCCCGCGGAUCAUACGAUUUAGCCAAUCCCGACAUCCCUUACAGCUGGGUGAUUUGGCAUGAACUUGGCCACAACCACCAGCAAGGUCCUUUCUGGUGCAAAGCAUAUGGGAAUGAAUCGAGCGUCAACUUGUUCUCCCUGUACAUCCAGGAGCAACUUUUCAACGCUGACAGACUAGAGGACAUGGACGGCUACGUCACGGCUGCCGACAAAGUUGACGGCGGGAUGACCUUCGACGAGGGAGACGUGUGGGACAAGCUGGUGUUCCUGAUGGAGAUCAAGUUCGCCUUCCCCGACAAAGGAUGGGAGAUGUUCCGCCAGCUGUACAAGGCGACCCGAGCGCUCUCUGACGACGAGGCGCACGACAUCACCGGGAGCCAUCAGUCGCAGAUUGACCACGCGUACAAGAACCUCAGUAAGAGCGCAGGCUACGACCUCGUCCUGACUUACGACCGAUGGGGCCUCGAGCUCAGCGAGGAGGCGAAGCAGGAGAUUCAGCAACUGGGACUCGAGAAGGCUCCGGGGGACCUCUCGCACAGACCUCCUUCGCGCAAAAACUAAGAACUCGGGAAAAUUAUGCAUUUCAUUUCUGAUCAACUCAUCCGAAACCAUUUGAAGAUCAAUCCAAGUCUCAUUCAUAAUCGCAAAAACUGUUCGUAACUUCUGCAUACUGCAGACUAUAUAAGUAUUAAAUUAUUAUUCAUUUAUUAUUUCUUAGUGCUUCCAUGCUUUAUAUGGUUGGAUAUAUUGGUCUUCUAAUGCUUCCUUUAUGUAUUAAACCAUUUGCGUAUUAUUAUAUUAAAAGUUUUCAUAUCUGAAACUGCUGUCAUGUGCAAGAUGAUAGUCUGGAAUUUUACUGCUUGUGUGAAAAUAUUAUGCCAUAUAUGCGUGCAAUAUAUAUUGUACAUAAAUAUAAGAUGACAAAUUCCUUGGUCUAAAUCUACAGAAUCUAAUAAAUGUUGAAUUAGAAUUAAUAGACGCUAGCUUUCAAAAGGAAUUAAAGAGAAAAAAUGGCUUAGAAAAAAAAAAUACAAAUAAAACAAAAAAACAAUUUUUGGCUUAAUUUUAUUUGUAUGUUUUUAGUUUUAUUUGUGUUUUAUUUGUAUGUUUUAUUUGGACUUCAACUAAGCCAGUGGUAACGUGUCCGCCUCUCACCCGAGGGGUCGGCGGUGCGCAGCAAUUGUUGCUCGGAGGUUACCGCUGUAGCUGGACAUCACGGAGCGUAAGGACUAAGCUCGGUUGUGUCAGCACUUAAGGACACACGUUGAUCGAGUCAGCAUUAGUCAGCACGGGCCGGAUUCCCUUCAUAGCCCGGGCGAGGCUCAGCUUACACUUAUCCUUAAAUAGAACUAAUCUGACGUAAAAUAAAUCAAGAUGUA